UGUUGUAGUUGUUCCGGCUGACAGAAACUUGACGCGAAUGUUGCCAAAAAUCGUCGGUGUUUCAGAAGAGUAUUUCCGUUUUAGUUCUUCGAUAGACUUUAACUUCUGUAACAGCGUUUUAAAAGUCCUUACUGGAUUAAAUCAAAGUGUUGCACGCAAUGUUGGCCACAGGAGCAGCUGUGACCACAGCACUGGCACAAGUGGACAGAGAAAAGAUCUAUCAGUGGAUCAAUGAGCUGUCCAGUCCAGAGACCAGGGAAAACGCCCUCUUGGAGCUCAGUAAGAAGAGGGAGUCGGUACCAGACCUGGCUCCCAUGCUGUGGCACUCCUGUGGCACCAUAGCAGCUCUACUGCAGGAAAUUGUCAACAUCUACCCAUCAAUCAACCCCCCCACCCUAACAGCACAUCAGUCAAACAGAGUAUGCAAUGCCCUGGCGCUCCUCCAGUGUGUAGCCUCCCAUCCAGAGACAAGGUCAGCUUUCCUGGCUGCACACAUCCCACUCUUCCUUUACCCAUUCUUACAUACAGUGAGUAAAACAAGACCAUUUGAGUACCUCCGCCUCACCAGCUUAGGAGUCAUAGGUGCUUUGGUGAAAACAGAUGAGCAGGAAGUGAUCAACUUCCUGUUGACCACAGAGAUCAUUCCCUUAUGCCUUCGGAUUAUGGAGUCUGGCAGCGAGCUCUCCAAAACGGUUGCAACCUUCAUAUUACAGAAGAUUCUCCUGGAUGACACAGGACUGGCCUACAUCUGUCAAACAUAUGAGCGCUUCUCCCAUGUUGCUAUGAUUCUUGGUAAAAUGGUCCUCCAGCUGUCCAAAGAGCCAUCAGCCCGCCUGCUCAAGCAUGUAGUUCGCUGUUACUUACGCCUGUCUGACAACUCCAGAGCCAGGGAAGCUCUGCGGCAGUGCCUCCCAGACCAGCUCAAAGACACCACAUUCGCCCAGGUCUUGAAGGACGACACCACUACCAAACGUUGGCUGGCCCAACUGGUGAAGAACCUGCAGGAGGGUCAGGUCACUGAUCCCCGGGGCAUCCCUCUCCCCCCACAGUGACUCUCCCUGCUCCUCACCAACCCUGAGGAACAACAGCAAUUAACUGCCCAACAGAUAAUGAGCCAUCCAUGAGUCAUGGACAUGGAUGGCACUGUUUUUACGAAAGACUCAAAGGCUGCCUUAUUAUUUUUCUGCUGAGAUGUGUAAGAUGUUUGAGCUCCAUGUCCAUGGAUCCACGGUUUCAAAGACAUUAACAUUUGUUGUCUCACAAUGUGUUCUCCAACUGAUUUACAGACAAUAAAUUGCUGCACAGCAU